CCAAAUUAUCCUGUGGGUGAUGGUCUGGCUUGAUACAAACUACGUGAAUCCAGCAAGAUUUUUCUUUUGCUAUUCCAGCAUAUGUGGGUAACAGCACUGCAUAAGUUAUAAAUAAUGCAACUUGCAAAACCUUUCUGAAAUAUGAAAGAAGAAAAAUGUUUAAUUGGAACAUAAUGGUUAUACCUCUUUAUUCGGCAAAGUGACUUAAUUCCACCAUCUUUUAUCUGUGUCUAUAUCUCACAUACAAUAGUGUGUAAACCAAAGUGUGCAGGAAGAAAUAAGGGGUUCUCAUAAUUAUUACUCUGCAAUGGGGGUGAUACAGUUCAAGCACAUCUUUCUCAGUAGCUUUAUCAAGUCCAGUAAAGCAUCCCUGACAGUGUUUACCUUUCUUUUAAUUCCAUAUUGCCUAACUCAGAAUUUCAGUGCCCUGCCUAUCCUUCCGAGCAAAACUAUCCUCUGGGCCUGGAAUGCUCCCUCUGAAGUUUGUGUUGGAAAUUUUAAUGAACCACUAGAUUUGAGCCUCUUCUCUUUAAUAGGAAGCCCUCGAAAAGAUGCCAUAGACCAAAGUGUUACAAUAUUUUAUGCUGAUAGACUUGGCCUCUAUCCUCAUAUACAUGAAAUCAAGGGUACAGUUGAAAAUGAAGGAAUCCCCCAGUCCAUGCCCAUACAGAACCAUUUAGACAAAGCUAAGAAAGAUAUUGCCUAUUACAUACCAACAGACAAAGUGGGCUUGGCUGUCAUUGACUGGGAAAACUGGAGGCCCCUCUGGGACAGAAACUGGAGGCCUAAAGAUGUGUACAGAAAUAUGUCUAUUGCUUUGGUUCAGAGACAAAAUACACAGAUGAACCUUGCGGACGCAACUAAAAAAGCCAAAGUAGACUUUGAAGAGGCUGGAAAGAAUUUCAUGUUAGAGACUUUAAAACUGGGAAGAUCACUUAAACCCACGUACUACUGGGGUUAUUAUCUUUUUCCGGAUUGUUACAACCAUAAUUACAAACACCCCAAAUACGAUGGAACUUGCCCACCAAUAGAAAGGCAAAGAAAUGAUCUUCUGGCCUGGAUGUGGACUGAAAGCACUGCCCUUUUCCCAUCCAUUUAUUUGAAAAGUGACUUAGCAUCUUCUCAAAAGGCUGCAUUCUUUGUUCGUAAUCGUGUGCAAGAAGCCAUUAGGCUUUCUAAAGUACGUAACCCUGCAGAUCCACUUCCAGUUUUUGUGUAUACCCGCUUAGUUUUCACUGAUGAAACUGUGAGACUCCUUUCUCUGAUUGACCUUGUGCAUACAUUUGGUGAAACUGUCGCUCUGGGGGCCUCUGGAAUUGUAAUCUGGGGAAGCAUGACUUUAUUGCGAACUUCGAAAUCAUGCCUGAUUCUAGACAAGUACCUGGCGGUGACACUGAAUCCUUACAUAAUCAAUAUCACCUUAGCAGCCAAACUGUGUAGCCAAGUACUUUGCCAAGACCAAGGAGUGUGUGUAAGGAAAGACUGGAAUUCAAGUGACUAUCUUCAUCUGAACCCAGAGAAUUUUGAUAUUCAACUUGGGGAUGAUAGAAAGUUCAUAAUACAAGGAAAACCCACAAUUGAAGACCUGAAGGAAUUUUCUGAAAAAUUUGAUUGCAGCUAUUAUACCAACAGCACUUACAAUGAGACAGUUGAUAUAGAAAAUAUUGAUGCUAUUAAUGUGUGUGUUACUGAAAGUAUUUGUAUAGAUACCCAUAUGAAGUCCAGUGCUCAUCCUUCCACCUGGAAAGAGAAAUCUUCUCUCAUUUCCAGGAAUGUCUUGUCCUCCAUAGCAUCCGUCAUAGUGUCACAAUGGCUGCCUCAAAGCCAAUUAUUCUGUGGGAGCCAUCUCCAACAUCCAAGAGUGCUGUUUGAACGCUAACUGAGACAGCACUCCUAGUCAUCUAUAUCUUCAAAACAAACAAAUAAAUAAAA